CACAGCUCCACAACAGCACAGCAGUGUCUGCAGGUCUGACAAGAUGCGACUUCAAGCUGCCAUUUUCCUCAUCGCCACCUCCGGGGUGUUGGCUGGGAGCGUGGCCAUAAAGUCCGCUGUGUUUCAGAAAGAAACAAGUUCCAGCUACCUGGAAUUGGUCCCCCUGAAGCCGCUCAGCCUCAGCGCCUUCACGCUGUGCAUGCGCGUGGCCACCGAGCUCAAAGGAGAGCGCGAGGUCAUCCUGUUCGCGUACCGCACGAGAGACUUCGACGAGCUGAACUUGUGGCGAGAGCUGGACGGCAGAUUGGCUUUCUACCUUAGCGGAGAGGGCGUUUUCUUCGAUGUCCCUCAGCUUGGGGCCCUGGAGACUCACCUGUGUGCCAGCUGGGAUUCCAGCUCUGGCGCUGCUACCAUCUUCAUGGACGGCAAGAAAAGCUUGACCAAAAUUUACAAGAAAGGACACAGCAUCCGCUCUGGGGGCACGGUCAUCAUCGGACAGGAUCCAGACACCUACUUGGGUGAUUUUGAUGCCAACCAGAGUUUUGUCGGUGAGAUCUCAGACGUAAACAUGUGGGACCACGUCCUCCCUGCCAGCACCAUCCAGGACAUUUACUCAGGGAAGAGGGGACCGAGAGGGAAUGUUUUCGACUGGGAAAAUAUAGAUCUUAAAAUAAGGGGAUCGGUAGAUGUCGUUACUUAUGAGCUGUAGAUUUCAGGCACCUGUAUAUCUGUGAGGAUUACAGGUUGUUGAACAAAUGUAUGUCUGUGAACAAACAUCAUUGGCACUGAAAUAUCUGCCAGCUUCAAAAUCUUAAGAAUAUCAUGCAGUAGACUGGAUUUUCUGACUGUAACCUAAUGUGUGUGGUGCUCUGUAAACCACUCAAUGGUUAUUGUUAUCAAUAAAAAGAAACUGUAUGACAUUAACAA